AGGUCACGCCUACUUCAGGAAAAUCACGUGACUGCAACGGGACAAUGGCAAAUGGUUGUCCCGUCGGGACAACUAUUAGCCAUUGUCCCAUCAACGUUGUCUCAACUGUUCACACGGGGACAAUAGAGGGACAACAGUAGAGAGACAACGAUUGCGCGCAAUAAAAAGACUCGUGUGAACCCACCGUACUUGAAUUUACAAAUAUUAUGACAGGAACUAUGAAGCUUUGUUUUAGAUAAAAAAAAAAAGAUUGAAUGAGUUUAAUGGAAUAGAGACUAAAUAUAAAUAUUUGUCAAGCAUCAUCUUGAAUACAUUUCUUUCUUUCUUUUUUUUUAUAAAUAUUUUUAAAUAGUGCGUGCUCUGGCAUCAAUAUCAUUUUGAUACUUCCUCUUACUCCCCCCCCCGUCUGUAAAAUUCAAAUUGGUUACCGAUGUGCUGCAUUGAUGAUGGAUUUCAACUCGCCAGCUUCAUUGGUGUUCUAUUCUUCAGUGAAAAUUGCAGCAACUCUUUUCUGUCGUCAAGAUUUGUUCUAUUUGGAACAGAAGCAGUUGCAUCUUGUAGGAUGGGUUCAAGUCCAAGAUAGUGUUGCACAGCUGGUACAAUCUUUGCAGUUGCCUAAAAAUAUUGAAGAAAAUGUUCAGGAACUAAUUCAACCCAUAGGCGAUCAGAUUAGAAGGUGGCUAUCAAAACGCUCAUUCGUUUCCAGAGGCAAAGUUGAUUUGUAUAACAAAUUUAGUUGGACAUCUCAUGGUAUGAUUGAUUAUCGAAAAACAGCUGAAAAUUUAAUUGAAAGCAAGCAGCUUGAUUUAUGUAUAGAAUUCACUCUGGCACAUUUAGAUGCUGUUGAUGAUUAUGCACUUUAUGUAUAUCAAGAUCCUCUAAAAUUGGCCCAAGUAGUAUUAGAAGAUAACUCAAUUCCAGUACGUGGAACAGAUAGCAAGGCUAAGUAUGAAUGCUGUCUUAUGAUGAAACAUCUUAUAAUAAAACGCUUUGAGGAGGACCCUACAUUAUUAAACAGUCCUUCUGCCUUAGAACCCAAUUUUUAUGAGUCUGCAGUUAAUACGACUGCAAGCAAUGGAAAUACAGCUUUGACUCGAUAUUUUAUAGCCAAAAUUGAACCUCAUAUAAAGGCUUCCCUUGUAAGGAAUCAAGUUCUCAAAAUCUUAAAAACUAAUAAUCGUUUUGUGAAUCUUGAUACUCUUUUAUUUUUACUUUCUCAGAUGGAUACUCGCCAAAUUAGUGAACUUUUCAUUGAGAAUACUGAGCAUGUUUUGCUUCGAUUUUUGGAAUGGCCUCUGCAGAGACAUUUCAUGAAGUUAGCUAGCAAACUGUGGAAUGCUAUGUCACCAGCAACUUUCAUUUCAGUAUUACAAGCCAUUGUACAACACAUUAUACAACAUUGCUCAGUGUCAAUCAAUCCUUUUGGUUACAAAGACAUUUUCAGAGAUUUCUGGCUUAGUAGCCCUGCUGAGUAUAGAAGAAUCUGUGUGAAUGAAUUGAUUAUUCCAAUUAUGUCUAAUCUGUUCUGUUCACAUGGUUAUUUCAGUACAGUGUUACAUUUAUUUGGGAAUGAAAGUUAUCAUGAAAAAUUGGAAAUGCUAUUCUUUUCUAAUGCAGAUGCAGUUCUUGAAAUUUUAUCAAAUGAAAACAAAGCUAAGGCUUUUGAAUCCAUUGUACAAAGAUAUUUUUCACCUGAUGACAUUCCAUUUGACUUUGGAGAAAAAUAUAAUAUAUUUACUCAAAAAUAUUUAGAGUGUUAUUAUGGUGAAAUUGAUAUAGCUGAUUAAUGGCAUAUGUCUGCAUCGAGAUAUUUUAAAUAUUUUUGAAAUGAUUGAACUAUAAUCUUGAGUGUUUGUAAAUAGAUUUUGUUAA